AUGGGAGUGCUAAUAAUUUUCGGUUCUAUCGUCGCCAUUUUUAUUACUUCAAUUUAUGUCUAUUUUCGAUGGAAAUAUUCAUUUUUUGAGAAGGAAGGUGUUCCUCAUUUAAAACCUAAAUUUCCACUUGGAAAUAUUCAGGGAAUGGGUCAAGAAUAUCACAUGAUCGAUGUCUUGAUUCAAAUGUAUGAAAAAUUAAAAAUGAAAGGAAGUGUAGUUGGAAUUUAUAAUCUCGCAGAACCAAUUUAUCUAAUUACUGAUGUUGAUGUUGUAAAGGAUGUUCUCGUAAAAGAUUUUAAUAGUUUUGUGAAUCGAGGUUCCUACAUUAACGAAAAAGAUGAACCACUAACUGCUUCCCUGCUUAAUGUUGAAGAUGAUCGUUGGCGUUUCCUUAGAAACAAAUUAAGUCCUGCAUUUUCAUCGGGAAAAAUAAAAUCGAUGUACUUUACUGUCAGUAGCUUAGGAAAUAAUUUAAUUGGUGCCAUUGAAAGGGAAAUUAAUGAUAAGAAAUCGCUGGAAGUUAAAAAUAUCAUGAUUCGAUUUACAGUCGAUGUCGUUAGUUCAGUUUCAUUUGGAAUGGAAUCAAAUACUUUAAAUGGUGAACAUCCAGAAAUGAUUCAACAUUUUCGUGAAAUCUUCGGCAUUGAGGGAUCAAAUACUUUAUAUUUUCUAAUGCUUUUUUGCUUUCCGGAUUUGUCAAAGUUCUUAAAACUUAAAUUCUUCAGUAAAAGAGUUACAGAAUACUUUUCGAAUGUUAUAUCCGCAAAUAUCAAGUCUCGUGAAGAUCGAAAUGAAAGUCGAAAUGAUUUGUUAAACAUGCUAAUUGAGUUAAAGAAUAAAGGAUCAAUUGAAGGGGAAUUUUCUACUGAAACUAAGAAACUGACACUUAAUGAGUGCCUUGCACAAGCUUUUAUAUUUUUCUUUGGCGGCUCCGAUACUUCAAGCACCACAAUCUCUUAUGCAUUAACAGAACUUGCAUAUAAUCCAGACAUUCAAGAAAAAGUAAGACAAGAAAUUUUAGACAAGACAAAAGACACAAAUGGGGAAAUUACUUAUGAAGCUUUACAAGAAAUGACAUACUUAGGACAAGUUGUUGAUGAAACUCUCAGAAUGUACACACCAGGUUUCGCUAUUUUUCGUAAAGCAAGUGAAGACUAUAAAGUCUCAAACUCUAAUAUCAUAAUUAGAAAGGGAGUUAAAGUUUGGAUACCAACUUUAGCAUUUCAUUAUGACGAGAAAUUUUGGAAAAAUUCAACAAAAUUCGAUCCUAAUAGAUUCACACAGGAGGAAAUAGACAAAAGACCAAAGUUUUCAUUCUUUCCGUUCGGUGAAGGACCUAGAAACUGCAUUGGAAUGAGAUUUGGCCUUGUCAAUGCCAAAUACGGAGUCGCUAUGAUCAUCAAGAAUUUCAAACUCACUCCAGAUGCACGAAUGAAAUAUCCAUUAAAGUUUAAUCCAAAAACAAUUCUUAUGGAGCCGGAAACUGGAUUUUGGUUGAAAUUUGACAAAAUUUGA